AUGCAGACUGCUUCUACAAACAUUUGUGAAAGAAUGGGUCGCUCUCAGGAGCUCAGUGAAUUCAAGCAUGGUACCAUGAUAGUCCAUCCAUGAAAUUUCCUUGCUACUAAAUAUUCCACCAUCAACUGUUAUUGGUAUUACAGCAAAGUGGAAGCAAGUGGGUAAAACAGCCACGUAAAAUGACAGAGCGGGGUCAGCGCAUGCUGAAGUGCCAAGUGCACAGAAGUCGCCAACCGUCUGCAGAGUCAAUAGCCAAAGACCUCCAAACAUCAUGUGGCCUUCAGAUUAGCACAAUAACAGUGCAUAGAGAGCUUCAUGGAAUGGAUUCCUAUGUCCGAACAGCUACAUCCAAGCAUCACCAAGUGCAAUGCAAAGUGUUGAAUGGAGUGGUGUAAAGCACACUGCCACUGGACUCUAG